AUGCGUCUGAACUCCAAAACUUUAAAGCAGCAGCCAUCGAAACUAGAUCUAAUAGAUGACACUACACUAACGUCAUUACCAUUCCCUCCACCUCCACCAAUCAAACGACCAUCAGCAGUGGCUUCUCAAAGUUUAUCGUCAACUACCACAGCCAGAGGGAGAGGAGGAAGAGACUCACCAUUGAACCAGCUACGUACAGUUAAAUCGAACCACUCUAGCGUCAAUGGCCCUAUGGAGACAGAAUAUGUGGGUGAUUUAAAUUUUGAUAAAGUUGGUGGCGAAGAUGUAGAAGACGAUGAAGACUAUUAUGAAUACUCCUAUGAAGAAGAAGACCCCAUUGUGUUAGUAGAAGAUUACUUGUCACUAAGAGAAUCAAGUCCUUCAUACACCACCGCAGAUACAUCUCCUGCUACCUCGUCGGGUAUGACGUUGUCAACAUGCUCCACAAGUAGCCAACACCACUUACUACGUCAGAAAUCACUAGCUAAUUUCAAGAAAAGAGUUUUAUCCACCAGCUCAAACAAUUCCACUGAUACUAUAAUUUUGCAGUCAGAAGACAGGAGGGAUAGGAACACGAUAAUAAAUAGUUGCGGCUUACAACCACCACCCUCAUCCUCCUCCUCCUCUUCGAUAGCACAACAGCAACAACAACCCCGUCAACAGUCAGAUGAUUUACAAGCAAUAUUUGGCGACUUGCCCUCUUUUCAUCUUCUUAAACAUUGUGACUUAUGUGACAAACCACUAUACGAAAUAUCAUCCAUUAUAAACUCCAAAUCAAACUUGAAUUUAAACUUAAAGGAAUUUGUUUGUGGCGAUUGUAUUUCAAAUUAUGAAGUUUUCAUGACUGAAUUCAUCCAAGAACAGCAAUUGAAUAACAAAAAGCAACCAAUUGAUCAAGAUGUGGUGAAGGAACCAGCUUCAAAAAAGAUAAAGAAUACUAAAUUUUGGCAUGUGUUGAAUCACAUUUCGAGUAAAUAUAACGUGAGAAGAGAAGUUGUAUGA